AUGAGCUAUGUUAUUUUAAACAAACUAUACUCUCUCACACCCUUCCAUACUCUGUUUUCCCAAACUAUUUGCAGAUCUCCUCAUUAUGCAUGUCCAGAGGUUAUCAGGGGUGAGAAAUAUGAUGGUCGACGGGCUGAUGUAUGGAGCUGUGGAGUCAUACUCUUCGCACUGCUAGUGGGCGCGCUGCCCUUCGACCAUGAUAACCUGCGGCAGCUGCUGGAGAAGGUGAAGAGUGGAGUGUUCCACAUGCCCCAUUUCAUCCCACCCGACUGCCAGGCUCUGCUGCGGGGCAUGAUCGAGGUCAAUCCUGAACAAAGACUCACGCUAGAGGCCAUCCAGAAACAUGCCUGGUAUCAAGCUGGACGCAAUGAGCUGUGUCUGGAGCUGCCGCCCCCAAGGCGCGUGAGCAUGGGACGGGUCAUGUCUCUGACAGAGCUGGACCCAGAUGUGCUGGACAGCAUGUAUUCUCUGGGCUGUUUCAGGGACCGGGUUAAACUGACCCAAGACCUGCAGUACCCUCCACGGAAGCGUGUAGACUCACCCAUGUUGACCCGUCACGGCCGCUGCCGGCCAGAGAGGAAGAGUCUGGAGGUGCUGAGUGUGACGGAGCAGGGCUCUCCCACACCCCCGCGCAGAGCGCUGGACACCUCCUCGCACAGCCAAAGAUCUCGAUCUGUAAGUGGAGCAUCAACGGGCCUCUCGUCUAGUCCUCUAAGUAGUCCCAGGGGAGGAAGUGUGGGCGUGGGCUCACUCUCCUUGACCCCACCCUCUAGUCCAGGGGGAGGCGGCAGCAUGGCGGCAAGUAGCUCCGCCCACUGGAGGACACGCCUCAACUCAUUGAAGAACAACCUGUUGGGGUCGCCGCGGUUCCACCGCCGCAAGAUGCAGGUGCCAACCUCAGAAGACAUGUCCAGUUUAACACCAGAAUCAAGCCCAGAGCUGGCUAAAAGGUCCUGGUUUGGGAAUUUCAUCAGUCUGGAGAAAGAAGAGCAGAUUUUUUUGGUCAUCAGAGACAAACCUCUUAGUUCCAUUAAAGCGGAUAUCGUCCAUGCCUUCCUUCCUAUUCCCUCCCUCAGUCACAGUGUAAUCUCUCAGACGAGUUUCCGAGCAGAGUAUAAGUCUUCUGGAGGUCCGUCUGUCUUCCAGAAACCCGUCAAAUUCCAGGUAGACAUUUCCUUUUCUGAGGGGGAAAGAGAGCGAGAGCGGGAGAGAGACAGGGAUGGACAGAAGGAUUACGGAAUCUACAGUGUAACUUUUAGCCUCAUAUCAGGUCCAAGUCGCAGAUUUAGACGAGUUGUUGAAACGAUUCAAGCCCAGUUGCUCAGUGCUCAUGAUCAGCCCAUGGUGCACACUCUUUCAGAUGAGAAGAACAGUCGCCCUCCUAGAACACCAACUAGACAGAACUCCCGGCGCUCAGAAGGCGGAGCCGACCGCUGCGAGUGGGUGGAGCGUGGAGAGGGCGGGGUUUUACUCCAGCGCAGGGGGUCGGGAAGAGAAAGAACCCGCCUACUUUCCUCCAGUGGAACACAGUCACAGCCCUGAGCUAGAAAUAUUGUGAAUAAUCAGCAAUCCAUCAACAUAUGAGCCAUGAUAUGAGACUAAACUACUCAAACGUUCCUUCUCCCCUUGUCACCUCAGAACAGCAUGAUGGUAAAAUGUGUUUUUAAAGGAGCUUUUUGAAAGUCUAAUGAAACCAAAUACUGAUACACAUUGUGCAAGAACAUGGGAUGCAACGAAGCAAGAACUGUCUCCAUUGUACGAUAAUACAACAUAAACUUCUGGGAUCCGAGGAACACCUCCAAACUUUCUUCUGAAACUUAUUUAAUUUGUCAUCCUGGACAGUGCUUUGAUUUAUGCUGUAUUUUCUCAUGUGAUUUGGAUGUAAUGUGCAAAACUUGAGUUUAUAAUGACAUUCAUGAAACGAAAGGUUUCAGUUGGGGGUAGCACACCAUCUGUUCCUUACAGGCCUGGUCUCCGUUUCAGCAAUCGAGUAAUUAUAGCAACAGAGACGUCCAAUUUAGUCAGAAUUUUUAUCCUCCAAAUCAUGUUUUAAAGAAAAUACGUAGAGAUCCAGAUCCAGAAGCUAUUAGCACCAAGAGUCUGCUCAGACGUAUGCAAUAAAAAUCAAUAAGCUACAAAAGAUUCAGUUUAACAAAGCUGCACAUGCUGAAUCUUUUAAAACAUGAUUACCUCCUUGAGCGGACAGACUCAUGAUGAUUUUAUGACCGUAAAUAAAUUGCUCACCAGCCCUGCGUCAUUAUCUAUAGAUAACUUCAUUUUCACUCUCCAUAGAAAUGCUGCAUGCUAAAUAACGUCGAGCUUCAACCCCAAUAACUGAUUGUGAUUGUAAAACAUUUCUGCGUGCGUUUACACAUCUAAAUCUGUCCUCGAUUCACCCUUUUGGCAGCUCAAAUGGACGAGAGCGUCUGACUAACGAAGGAUUCCCAUGACUGUUGUCCCCAACAAGAGUUCAAAUACAAAGUUUCCCUUUUAGGCCAUGUCCACACGUACACGGGCAUUUUUAUAUUUCUUCUUGAGUUUCUUGAGUUUUUCCUUCCGUUUUUAAAAAAAUCUCUGUCCACAUGAA